AUGUCAGAAAGCAGUCUCACAGCCAACCCCGGCACCCAAGGACUACCCGCAGAGCACAAGAACUUCCCUAAUAUUCCCACCAUAUCCGCGGAAGGAGAGAUCAUAGACGGGGGCGUCACAGGCCUGGUCUGUCUGCAAGACGAUGGAACCGUGAUCAAGUACUCGUGGCCAGAGCAAGAAGAAUGCGAAGAGGAAAUGGCCCAGGAAGCUCACGCUUAUCGUAGACUGUUCGAACUUUUCGGCCAUCAUCCGAGAUUUGUCAAGUUCCUCUCGCAUGAUCAGCAUGCUCAUACCAUCACCAUGGAAUACAUGCCCAAUGGCACACUCAGGUCGUAUUUGCGAGACCACCACGAGUCAAUCUCCAAGAAACAGCGCUUUCGGUGGAUAGCUGCCCUGGCUGAAGGGUUGGAGCUACUCCAUUCUGCCAAUAUUGUGCACUGUGAUUUCAGUACAAAAAAUCUGCUUCUCGAUCACGACCUGGAACUGAAAGUGGCAGACUUUGGAUGCAGUUCGCUAGACGGUGGGCGCACCAACGGAGGCGGAAGUGCAAGAUUUUAUCCUCCAAGAGAAUGGAGGACUGGACGUAUCGAGGCAGCAGAUGACUUGUUCGCAUUAGGCUCUUGCAUAUUUGAGAUCCUGACAGGGAGGCCUCCAUACGAUGACCUCGAAACCCGUCGCGUCGGUCGGCUUUACGGUCUUCGUCAAUUUCCCGAUCUCGUCGGAAUGGACUUUGCGGAUGUUAUCCGCGACUGUUGGCUUUUCCGGGGGCAAUCGGCGCGAGAAGUCCAUCACAGACUCCUCGAGGCUUUAUAG